UCUAACCAAUCAGCGUUCAGGAAGCCAGCCGUGUAGCAUGAUUGGUUUAAACGUGGCACGGAAGUCAGAGCAGAAACACAUGGGUGCUAGAUUGUAGUACGUAAAAGCAAAUAGAUCUGCUAUAAUGCAGAUUUAAGCCAAAUGUACGUGGCGCCUGACUUUUCCCGUGGCUGUUGUAACUUCAUGUCCUUUAGGCGUCAUUGAUAAAGUGUCCUCAAUCAUUAAGAGAUGGAGACAGCAGCCCUGGUAGCUCCAGUCACAGCUCUGGAGUUCCUCCAGGAUGCAUUUCUGCUGACAGCAGGUGAGGGUCCAGUCUUGACGGUGUACAGUCUUCGACCUCACCCUAAAGUUGGUGCCUCACUGAGCGUGCUCCAACACUACAGAAUCCAUGGGAUAAGACCAAGAUGUCUUGCAGAUGUUCCAGAAGAGAGCUCAGCUACAGGAACAUUUAAGGAGAAGAAAGAUGUGAGCUCGGAGCCCAACUUCUAUGACCUUGCAGUGUUUGGAGGCAAAGCAGUGAGGCUGGUGAGGCUCCACGUGGAUCAUCACGAUGGGGAGCAUCUGCGCUUGGAGAUACUUGGUCCCCUCAUGGAGCUGCAGGACUGGGCCCUGGAUGUCCGUUGGCUCUCCAGAGACAAACUCUGUGUGGCUGUAGCCCACAAUACUGCUCUUCUCCUGGACGUCAUUACAGGAAGUGUGCUGGUUCAGCGCUCCUGUCUGGAGGGAUGUCUGCUGUACUCUGCCCUCCUUCUGGUACAUGAAUCCUGGGCGGAUACUGUUUUGGUUGGAGGGACUGUUUUCAACCAGCUGGUUCUCUGGAAGCCUGAAGGGGGAGACAAAAGAGAUAAAGCUCCAGUUGAGAGACGCCUGCUGGGCCACAGUGGGGUCAUCUUCAGCAUCUCUUACCUCCAGGAGCAAGGAUGGCUGGCCUCAGCAUCGGAUGACCGCAGUGUGAGGCUGUGGGGUGUUGGCACCUUAGGAGGCCCUGGAGGGAAAUGUGGGGUCUUGAACCCAGAUUGUUUAAGGGUCCUAUAUGGACACCAGGCGAGGGUCUUCUCGGUGCAUCUCUCUCCAGGGAAAGUGUUCAGCGCUGGGGAGGAUGGGGCCUGUUUAGUCUGGGACUGGGCUGAAGGUGGCAAGGUUGUACGCACAUUGAAGGGACACCGAGCAGGGGGGGUCCGUGCACUUGCAGUUAGUAAAGAAACAGGAGGUGAAGAGAGAUGGGUGGCUACAGGGGGAGCAGAUGGAGGGGUGCGGUUGUGGAGGGUGGAAGGGGGUGAAGAGAGGAAGGAGAGAAUGGAGGAAGCAGCAACGGAGAAGCUAAGCGACCUGAAAUUUGCUGGUCAAGGCUUACCUAAAGUGGUUUGUGUAGUGGGAGAAGAGGAUGCAAGUUGGAGUCAGAGCAAGUUUGUGGUUUGCACUGACCAAGGACUAGUUUACCAAUACAGUGACGAGCAGUGGGAGAUGGUCUGGCAAGGGGCUCCUGAGUUUCAGUCUUAUUGUGCGAUGGAAACAAUAACUGUCAGUGUGAAAGACUCAACAACAAAAGUUAGUUUGUGUGCUGUGGGAAACCUCAGUGGGUCCAUACAGGUCUUCCCCAUCUCCAAUCCUCAGUGUGGGAUUCUUCUCACAGGUGGAUCAGGGAAGAUCCACAGUCUUAUUUGGCAAGAGGCAAAAAACAGCAUCUAUUUGCUUGCAUCAGGCAGUGAAGGACUUGUCUAUCGGUGGUGUAUAGAAGUAAAACUAGAUGAAAACUGCUCAUUAGCUCUCGAUGUAAACCGCCUCCCUCCUUUUCUUCUCCCUCCCUGUGCCAAACGCUGGCUGACAGCUGCAGUGUGCCUCCACUCCACGUCAUGGGAGUUUCUGUGGGUGUGUGGGGACAGGAGAGGGUCUCUGCUUUUGUUUCAGGAAGGAGGAAAACUGAUUAACAAAGGCAGGAAACAAACUGAUAAAAAAGGGGUUGAAAGUGAGGAAACUGGAAGUGAAAUGAUGGAAGAGAGGGAAAGAAACGAAGGGGAUGACCUAACGCUGCAGCCACUGAGCUGCCUGUUUGGAGUGCAUGGAAAACAGGGGGUAACUUCAGUGUGUGCAUACCAGGGGCUGUUGUACAGUGCCGGCAGGGAUGGAUGUGUAAGGGUCUUCAGAGUGUGCCCAGCACUACCUGAAAGCUUCAAGGAAAAGACUAAUGGAGAGAGUUUGGGGAACAAGCUUCAGCUGGAGGUUCUCAGAGUCCAGCGAGCCUGCAAGGGUAUGGAGUGGCUGGAGAGGGUUUUGUUUCUUGAGCCUGAAAUUCCGGUGGAGCGGGAGGAGGGAUGUGAGAACCACUACAAGACAAAGAAACACAAUUUGACAGAAGAGCUGGAGGGGGGCUCUGGAGGAGAAGAAGAAAAGACAGAGAACAAGGGAAGAGAGGCAAGGUUCGUCAUUGUUGGCUUUCAUGCUGUCCACUUUGUGAUUUGGGACCCAGUGACACAGGAGAGGCUGCUAGCAGUGCCUUGUGGAGGAGGGCAUCGCUCCUGGAGUCUCUGGCCUUCCCACAAAGGAGUUUGGCCUGAAUAUGGAGCUGUGGUGUUCAUCAAGCAGGGGGCUGUCCUGGCUUCGCAUCCCCCUGGGGAGGCACCGAGCUGGGCUAUGAAGGGAGGAAGGACUCGAGGGUGGGGUCUUAGAGAGGGCGUCCAUGGGAGGGGGAUUGGGUGUGUGUGCAGGCUGGGGACGAUAAGGGGAAUCGGAAAAGGGAGUCAAACCGAAACUGAGCAAAGGGAAGUGGAUAGAGUGGAAGGCCACUGGGAGAUAAUGGUGAUGGGAGGAGAGGACACUAGCUUAACCAUCCUCGCAGUACAUCCCGAAUCGGGCAGCGUCAAAGUUCUGUCUGUUAUUACCGAUCACAUCUCAAGCGUUCGGACAGUGACAGCAGUAGCACGUCAGGAGCGAGGGAGUGAAAACAAGUCUCUCUCCACCCUGCUCGUGUCAGCUGGUGGCCGAGCUCAGAUGCAGUGUUACCGGCUGUUGAUUGGCUGGGACAAGCAGAGACUGGUCCCCUCCUGCCAGGUAAUCCAGGUGGCCAGACAUCGCUUGGACGAACAGUGGGAGAGGAGGCGGAACCGGCACAAGACGGUGAAAAUGGACCCCGAGACAAGGUACAUGUCUGCAGUUGUUGUGGAUGAAAACACAGACGGUUGUCUUCUGGCUCUGGCCUGCAGUGACGGAGCUCUCAGAUUGUUCUCAGUCAGUGAGGUUAAACGACAAAUUGAUUUGUUGUGGGAGACAUUUUACCACCAGCGCUGUGUGCUCAGUGUUGCCGUCUGCAGCUUGCAGGAUGGAAAAGGCAACAGAUAUAAGCUGCUGUUCAGUGCUGCAACAGAUGGCAAAAUUGCAGUGUGGGAUUUGACCGAAGCUUCUUUCUCAUCAGCCGCCACUUCAAGCGGUACUCAACCUCCACCAAUCCCCUGCCUCGACAUUCCCGCCCACCAGAGCGGCGUCAACUCAUUGGCUGUUUGGGCAGAGAAACUGGGACAACAAGAGGGAGGUUGCCUGGUAACUGUUGCGAGCGGAGGGGAUGAUGGGCAGCUGACAGUGUCCACGGUUAGGGUGCAGUACCCAGGAGAUGGCAAGACUGGGGGCAGCAGAGGGUUUUCUCAGAUGUCUGAGCCCCUGGUUCCACCACAGACUCAGCUUCAGAGCUCAAACGGGCUUCAUCUUCAUCUUCACCCUCAGUCCCACAUGCCACUGGCUCACGCUGCCCCCCUUACUGCCCUGGAGCUUCUGAGCCCAGGCCUUUUGGUCUCCACUUCUUCAGAUCAGAGAGUUUGCCUGUGGAGGUUCAGCAGUACCGGCAUCAGCCACAUCGGGGUGUUGUGCUCCCAUGUUGCAGAUGCUGCCGGUCUCGCAGUGUGGGAGGGGCGGAUGAUUGAGGAGGAGGAAGGAGAUACGAAGAGGAAAACAAGAUUUGAGUCUGAGCAGGAGGUUGUAAUUUUUAGAGGGAAAGGGAGUCAGACAGGAUUAAAAACAAUGCAUAAGACAGCAGAGGGUGAGACGGGGGGGAGAUCCAACAGGGAUCAGGAAACGGCUGAUGAGGCCGAGAGUCAGGAACCUGUUGACUCUUUGAGUGAGACAGGUGACCCAGUUUGUAAGACCAGUGUUAGGAAGCGAGGUGAGACAGCAAGUGAGAGUGACAGUGUGGGUACGACACAGAGCGAGGAUAACAGUGAGAGCAUGAAGAAGAGAGGAAAGACCGGAUGGGUGCUGGCGUGCGGUCAGGGCUUCCAGCUACUACGAGUCACAGACACACAGAUGGAUGCUGGGAUGUGGACUACAAGAAGAGAAAAGGAGAACCACAGAGUUACUUUACAAGAAGAGUCAAUAUAAGUAGAAUCGAUAGACGGCAGAGGCCCAAACAAUCACUUUCUCAGUGGACACAUCUUUUGAAAUUAUUUAUGAACUGCUUUUUUCAUUAAAUAUCAACCAAUUUUAAGUACAUUUUUAAUAAAGUUAAUUUAUUCUCCAGA